AUGGCGGCCUCGCCCGCCAUCGACCUGGGAGAGACGCUCGCGGCUCUGUUCAAGCGCGCGCGCGUCGCCGACAACCUCUACCGCAGGUAUGAGGGGCGGCUCGCGGAGCUGGGCGUUGGCGACGCUGGCGACCUCCUCGAGGAGGUCGCUGAGAAGCAGAAGGGCAUCGGCUCGCUCGACAUCCACGACCGCCAGGCGGAGAAGCUCCGCCGGGCUCUUCUCGGCCGGCGGGGCUGGGGGGACGCAGCUGCGGCCGCAGAAGGUGGGUCCGGAGGUGGGACCGAGGGAUCCAGUUUGGACCCCUUGGAGCCCGCGCUGCCGGAGAGUGGCGAUGGGACGAUCGCUGCCGCGGGGGGGGAGGAGGAGGGGCCCGACACCGCGGCGGGUUUGGCUGCUGAGCGGCCCAACCCAGUGGAGGAGGCCACGGGUUCUGAGGCGGGCGAGGCGGCUGCUGAGGCGUUGGCGGAGGCGGCGGUCGACGCCGUCUACGGGGCGCUCGUGGCGGCGACGCUCGAGGAGUGGGCUGGAGCGAGCACGGACAACCCCAUCUCCGCGGCGGACGCUCGAGGCCCAGGCCUCGAGUGUCAGCAGUGCUUUGGGAGCUUUUACGACGAGUUUGGCGUGGAGCCGUGGCUGUGGCGCCGGGCGUUGCGUGAGGGCUGGUCGGAGCUGGGGGGCUGGUCGAGAGAGGAGAUGGAGGCGGCGGAGAAGGAGAUCUGGCGCGGCGAGAGUUCUGAGAUCUCUCAGCUAGGCGAGUGGGUCUGCGAUGCUUGCCUGGAAGGCUUCUUGGGGGGUGGCUUCGGCGACUACUCGAUGCUGCGGAAGGGGCAUGCGCCGUCUGCGAAUCACCCCUGGAUAGGGGAGGGUUGGGAAGGGGGGGCGAGGCCGGAGGAGUAUGACGGCCUCUUCGACGGCCCAUAA